AUGUCGUGUUUAGUUCAUGAUAAACGAUUUCGUUCUUCAUUUCACAGUGUUAUUAAUGAGCUUCGAAAUGAAAAACGUAUGCCAAUACCAAUCUUACGUACUCUGCCACGUCAAUGUUGUACAUGUCAUGAUGAGAAUAGCGAAACCAUGGAACAGAUAAUGGUUGCACAAGAAGAAAACGAACUAAUAAAAUUGAAAAAUCUUAUUGAACGAGUGAAUCAAGAAAAACAAAUGAAUCCAAAAUUAAUUUUAUCGUUAAAUAUAUUGAAAAAUCUUAUUGAAAAAAAUCGAAGUUCUACCUCAUUGUUGUCAGAAUCAUCCUCAGUUGAAAAACAAAAACGACGUAAACCAACAUUUAAUCACAGUAGUAGCAGUUCUUCGUCAAGUUCUAAAGAUAGCAGUUCUUCAUCGAGCUCCACAGAAAGUAGUUCUUCAUCGAGUUCAACAAGCAGCAGUUCUUCAUCAGAUGCUGAUCAUAAAACGACAAGAAAAACAAUUAAAAAUGGAACAUUUCUAUUUUUACCAUAUACUUUCGAUCAUAAAACUAAAAAUAGAAAUUCCGAUCAUUUAUUAGAAGUAGCCAAAGAAUUGCAGCGUAAACGAUUUAUUGGUCCAAAUGGCCAUUUUUCUAUAUUAGAAAAACAAUAUGGUGUUCGUAUCAAUAUGAUUACAUCGAAAACAAGUAAACAAGUUACUAAUGCACUUGAAAAUGCUAAAAAAGGUUUCGAGAAUCUUAAAAUUCACAAUCAAGAAGAAGCUGUGAAAAAAUCAAACAAAUUAGAAGGCGAAUGGAUUCUUCUUCGAUCGAAGAAAUCACUAAAACAAAUAAAACCAGCUGAUAUGGAACAAGCAUUAGAUGAUUUAAUAAAUCGAUGGGAAAAUUGUUUAAAAGUCAAAAAACGUACAAAUGAUUUCGAAGAUGAUUCGGACAAUCCAAUUCAGAAAAAGAAAUAA